AUAUUCUCCGGUGCUGUGACUGCUGUCCAAUUUUCCACCGGGACCUGAACAGCUGCUGCAACUCGAACCCUCUCCCACUUAUGAAUCAUGCUGCAGCCCUGACCCAUAACUCCCGCGUCUUCUUCAGCAAACUUCUCGAUUGCACGCUACAAAGAAACCUCCGAAUAGGCCAAUACCUCCACGCCCAUCUGAUCAAAGCUGGCAUCUCCUCCUCUUGCACCUUCCUUGCCAAUAACCUCGUCAACUUCUACUCAAAAUGUCAUCGUUUGCAGGAAGCCUAUCUCGUCUUCCAAGAAAUCCAAAACAAAGAUGUGGUUUCCUGGAACUGUCUCAUCAAUGGCUACUCUCAACUGGGCAGUCGAGACUCUUCUCUUUCAGUCCUCAAACUAUUCAUACAAAUGAGGCACCGCAAUUUUCUUCCCGAUCCCCACACCUUUUCUGGCAUUUUUACUGCAUUGUCGAUUCUAGAGAACCCAAUUGUUGGAAAACAAGUCCAUGUCCUUGUCGUCAAAGCAGCCGAUAAUUCGGAUGUUUUUGUCAAUAGUUCUUUAUUGAAUAUGUAUUGUAAACUAGGCAUUGUUGAAGAGGCCCGAAAACUGUUUGAUGAAAUGCCUAAAAGAAAUUCAGUUUCGUGGGCUACAAUGAUUUCUGGAUAUGCAACACAGAGACUUGCUAAGGAGGCAUGUGAAGUUUUUAAACUUCUUUUCAGUGGGGGACAGACAGAGGACUUGAAUGAAUUUGCGUUUACUAGUGUUCUUAGUGCUUUUACAUUGCCAGAGUUUAUUGAUAUAGGGAAGCAAAUCCAUGGUCUUUCUGUUAAAUUGGAUUUGUUUUCAAUUGUUUCUGUUGAUAAUGCCAUUGUUACCAUGUAUGCAAAGUGUGGGAGUUUGGAUGAUGCUGUUCUGGCAUUCAAGUUUUCAAGCGAUAAGAAUUCUAUUACUUGGUCUGCAAUGAUUACAGGUUACGCGCAAACUGGAAAUGGUGACAAGGCAUUAAAGUUGUUCUCAGAUAUGCAUUUUUACGGGAUGAAACCUAGUGAGUACACUCUUGUUGGGGUGCUCAAUGCUUGCAGUGAUGUCGAGGCUGCUUGCCAUGGGAAGCAGGUGCAUGGGUAUUUGUUGACGUUGGGAUACGAAUCUCAUAUGUAUAUCAUGACAGCUUUGGUUGACAUGUAUGCUAAAUGUGGUAACAUUGAGGAUGCGCAGAAGGGGUUUGAGUGUUUACAGGAGCCAGAUAUUGUGUUGUGGACUUCCAUGAUAGGUGGUUAUGUUCAAAAUGGGGAUAGCGAGAGUGCUAUUAACUUGUAUUGUCAAAUGCAAAUGAAGAAUAUUGUUCCCAAUGAGUUGACCAUGGCCAGUAUUUUGAAAGCUUGCUCUGGCCUUGCUGCUUUGGAGCAGGGAAAGCAGAUGCAUGCCCAGUCAGUCAAGUAUGGAUUUAGUCUUGAAGUUCCUAUUGGAAGUGCUCUUGCAACUAUGUAUGCAAAGUGCGGGAAUCUUGAGGAUGGGAAUAUUGUCUUUUGGAGGAUGCCUGCCAGAGAUGUAGUGUCGUGGAAUGCAAUGAUUUCUGGUCAUUCACAGAAUGGCCGUGGUGCUGAAGCACUUGAACUUUUUGAAGAGAUGCGAAUGGAGGGGACCGAGCCUGAUUAUGUUACUUUUGUCAACGUUCUUUCUGCCUGUAGCCACAUGGGUUUGGUAGACGAAGGUUGGGGUUAUUUUCGCAUGAUGUUUGAUGAAUUUGGUCUAAUGCCGGGGGUGGAUCACUAUGCAUGCAUGGUUGAUAUCUUAGGUCGUGCUGGAAGGCUUAAUGAAGCGAAAGAAUUUAUUGAGUCAGCAAAUAUUGAUCAUGGCCUAGCCUUGUGGCGUAUUUUGUUAAGUGCUUGUCGAAAUUAUCGCAACUAUGAAUUGGGAGCCUACGCAGGAGAAAAGUUAAUGGAGUUGGGCUCUCAAGAGUCAUCCACUUAUGUCUUGUUGUCGAGCAUCUAUUCGGCUUUGGGAAGAUUGAAUGAAGUCGAACGUGUUAGGAGGAUGAUGAACUUCAGAGGGGUAAGUAAGGAGCCAGGUUGUAGUUGGAUUGAGCUCAAGAAUCAAGUUCACGUUUUUGUUGUUGGAGACUUGUUACAUCCUCAAAUUGAAAAAAUAAAAAGAGAGCUAUGGAGAUUGAUCAAGCUGAUGAAAGAUGAAGGUUACCAAUCUGUUUCAGAGGACAUUCCGCACAGCAUUUGAGGCUGUGCUGAUAUUAAGAUUACGACAAGGGGCAUCGAUUUAUUUCUUGUAUUUCUCAGGCAUACAACACAGAGGUACUUUACCUUUGUUCUGCUUUCUGACACUUGGAGUUAAUAAUAGAGCGUUUUGAGCUUCUAAGCACUUGUCAUGCAAAAUAUUGACUUUAUGAGUCAGUUGCCAAGUUUUUUUUUUUUUUUUUUGUCAUUCUGGUGAAGAAUGGAAGUGCAGGAUGUAUAUUUUUUGGGCUGUAAUGUACUCCUCAGCGUGAUUUGGAGAUGAAAGGACAGAACAUGCUUUCUUGUUCGAUUUGCAUUGCAUACCAUUGACUAUUGUCAAACCAAGACAGAGCUACUAAUAAUAAUGUUUUCUGAUAUAUCUGCAAUGUAGUGUGAUUAUAGUAUGCCCUAUAAGCUGCAAAUCUGGAAUGUGCUUGUACUUGUACAAGGAUCAUGAGUACUUCUUGCCUAGGAUUACGUUAGAUGAUGGAUAAGGAAGAAAGAAUUGCUCAAUGUAUAUUUGACUGUCUUCGGUUAGCCUAAGCUUUUCCUUUUUUCUCAAGGA